UCCAGCGCGCAAUUUACCUUUCCAUGGCUUCACGAAUCAUAUUCGCUUCAUAACUCACAGCACAACAGCAUCCAACCACAGACACUAAAGUCUCAAAACCCUAACACCGCCACCGCCACCGCAACCGCCACCGUCAAUGGCGACGCGACGCUCCGCACCGCUCCUAAAAAACAUAUUCUCCCGACUCAACCCGACUCGCUCCGUCACCUACAUGCCACGACCAGGAGACGGCACCCCGCGCGGCGUGACCCUCAUCCCUGGCGACGGAAUAGGCCCACUGGUCACCGGCGCGGUGGAGCAGGUGAUGGAGGCGAUGCAUGCGCCGGUGUACUUUGAGAAGUACGAAGUGCACGGCGACAUGAAGGCGGUGCCCGCGGAGGUGAUCGAGUCGAUCAAGAAGAACAAGGUGUGCUUGAAGGGCGGCCUCGCCACUCCGAUGGGCGGUGGUGUCAGCUCCCUCAAUGUGCAGCUCAGGAGGGAGCUUGACCUCUACGCCUCCCUUGUUAACUGCUUCAAUGUCCCCGGGUUGCCCACGCGCCAUGACAAUGUCGACAUCGUCGUUAUCAGGGAGAAUACUGAGGGCGAGUACGCUGGCCUUGAGCACGAGGUCGUUCCCGGCGUCGUCGAGAGUCUUAAGGUAAUAACAAAGUUCUGUUCAGAGCGCAUCGCUAAAUAUGCUUUCGAGUUUGCUUAUCUAAAUAACAGAAAGAAGGUGACUGCUGUGCACAAAGCAAACAUAAUGAAACUUGCAGAUGGUUUAUUCCUGGAAUCCUGUCGAGAGGUUGCCACUAAGUAUCCUGGAAUCAAGUAUAAUGAAAUUAUUGUGGAUAACUGUUGCAUGCAGCUUGUUUCAAAGCCUGAGCAGUUUGACGUCAUGGUAACCCCCAAUCUCUAUGGAAAUCUGGUGGCAAAUACAGCGGCUGGUAUUGCUGGAGGCACUGGUGUCAUGCCAGGAGGUAAUGUUGGGGCAGACCAUGCAGUGUUUGAACAAGGUGCUUCAGCAGGAAAUGUUGGUAAUCAAUCGUUAGUGGAACAAAAGAAGGCGAAUCCGGUCGCACUCCUUCUUUCGUCAGCCAUGAUGCUUAGACAUCUCCAGUUUCCUGCAUUUGCUGACCGAUUAGAAAGUGCUGUAGAACAAGUCAUUCUAGAGGGCAAGCACCGGACGAAGGACCUUGGAGGGACAAGCACCACGCAAGAGGUUGUUGAUGCAGUCAUACAUGCCUUAGAUUGAUUCUUUUAUUUGCCAGCCAUGUUCAUUCCUUGCUAGCUAGCUAAGUUUAUCCACUAUGUUUUUGCACCCUUUUAAGGUGAAAUUGCUUUGGACAAAAAAAAAGGUGUAAUUGCCAAGUUUUGGUCCCCAAUAAAUAAUGUUUAUACACUCAGAAAAUUGUGAUGAAAAAAUAUUCAGAGAUGUAGGUGGUUACUGUUUUGAGUGUUU